AUGCUAGAUACAAAAACUCUUGAGACACUUUAUGAAACCCAUUGCAAGUCAGGAUUCACUUAUGCAUAUGGAACCGCCGGUUUUCGCUACAAAGCAGAUGUUUUAGACACCGUUAUGUUUACUACUGGUGUCUUGGCCGGUUUGCGAUCCAUCUACUUAGAAGGCCGCACCGUGGGCGUAAUGAUUACUGCAUCUCAUAACCCGCCAGAAGAUAACGGUGUUAAAAUCGUGGAUCCUAAGGGCGAGAUGCUUGAGCAAAGCUGGGAAUCUUACGCCACUGAUCUUGCCAACAGUGCCACGCAGAGUUUUACCGCAUUCUUAGCGUAUCUCCAGAACCUCGUGUCCGAGCUGGGCCUUGACACAGAUGCUCUUGGAAGUUUAGCGGUCGCUCGCGAUUCAAGAGAGUCAGGUCCCCGCCUUCUCCACGCUCUUUUAAACGGCUCACGAGUUUUGCCCAACAUCCGUAUUACAGACUACGGUCUACUAACGACACCUCAGUUACAUUUCUUAACGAGCAAAAGAAAUGAGCUACCCAAUGACACCGCUAUCGACAGGUUCUUUUACUACAAAGAGUUUUUAUCUGCGUGGGACGAUAUCACCGCCUUGUGUGGAAUCCAAUCCCUCCCUUACAAAUUGGAAAUCGACGCUGCCAAUGGGAUCGGUGCCCCCCGCGUGAAAGAAAUGCUUUCUACACACAAGUUUUUUGAUGGUGUUUUUAGGGUAGUGAAUGAUGACUGGGAAACGCCGGCGUCGCUUAACCACCUAUGUGGUGCUGACUAUGUCAAAACUAACCAGCGUCUUCCCUAUGGGAUCCAAGCGAACAACGACUGCCAACGCAUAUGCUGCUCAUUUGACGGCGACGCAGACAGAAUUGUUUUCUACUUUUGCGACUCCGAAGGCCAGUUCAGGCUCCUUGACGGCGACAAAAUGGCAACACUGUUUGCCAAGUUUUUCCAGGAUAUCUUGUCGAGCGCGAACCUUCAAGAACGUCUCUCUUUGGGCGUCGUGCAGACCGCUUACGCAAAUGGCAGUUCCACUCACUAUAUUGAACGAGUGCUAGGAAUUCCAGUUACUUGCACACCAACGGGUGUGAAACACUUGCAUCAUGAAGCUAUUAAUUACGAUAUCGGCGUCUAUUUUGAAGCCAACGGUCACGGCACAGUGGUGUUCUCCAAAAAAUUUGACGAAGUUGUCAACAGUGGUCUCUCAAAUAAACAUCAAUCGGAUUCCAGUCUUCAAAGUCUGGAGGUUCUAUCCAAGUUUGCCAACUUGAUUAACCAAACUGUUGGCGAUGCCAUCUCCGACAUGAUGGGCGUACUAGCUGUCCUUUCAAUUCUAAAAUGGACACCCCAAAAGUGGAACCAAGAGUACACAGACUUACCCAACAAGUUAGUCAAAGUUCUUGUGCCAGAUAGGACGGUUUUCAAGACUACCAACGCCGAGCGACAACUAUUAAGCCCACUUGGCCUACAACCUAAGAUUAACGCACUCGUUGCUGAAUAUCAUCAAGCCAGAUCCUUUGUGAGAGCCAGCGGAACUGAAGAUGCUGUAAGAGUUUACGCUGAAGCCAGCACUCGUGAGGAAGCCGAUUCUUUGGCUUCGAGAGUUAGUCAAGUUGUCGAGCACAACGGCUAG